UUUAAAGUGAGGGGCUGAGGGGCAGUACUAAAUGAAUGAAGCCCAGCACUCAUCCCUCUUGCUCAUUGGCCUUGGCUCCUCCUCCAGCCGUCUCACUGGGUCUGUAUUUGAGGUUUGUGGGCUCUAAAGAAAACAGACGCAUGAGUAAAGGAAUAGAGGGCUACCCCUCUCUUCCUCUCCCACUCUUUCUCCUCCAUUGACAGAGCUGAGAGAACGCUCCCCAGGUUAGACAUCCAGACAGACCUCUCCACUACAUGGACUAUCUACCACAGCACACAAAACAGACACUUUCUAUUGUUUCGACUUUCGUUUGGGGGGAAUUGUGUGUGUUUUCCUUUGAAAAAGCUGUCUUUCAAUGCAACAAUGAAGCUUUGUUGGACUUAAGUUUCCACAGAACCAGGAGCCGGUACAUCAGAACGCUGAAAAAGACUUAGGUCCGUUUUCAGAGCGAUCCUGUCGGGUUUUUGGACAGACUGGUUUCCAGGUGCGGUUGCUCCAACAGAGAUGGGCUCAGACGUACGUGACCUCAACGCCCUGCUGCCCCCGGUGCCAGCCCUGCCAGGGGGGAAUGGGAACUGUACCCUGCCCGUCAGCAGUGCCCCUCAGUGGGGCCCUGUACUGGACUUCCACACUGGCGCCCCCUACAGCUCGCUGGCCCCCCACUCCUUCAUCAAGCAGGAGCCCAGCUGGAGCUCUGGGGAUCCCCAGGAGGACCCUCACUGUGGCCUGAGUGCCUUCACCCUGCACUUCUCUGGCCAGUUCACUGGAACAGGGGCCUGCAGGUACGGGGCCUUCGGGGCCCCCCCUCCACCCAGUCAGCCCCCACCAAGCCAGCCAAGGAUGUUCAGCAACGCACCCUACCUGACCAACUGUAUGGACACCCAGUCCUCUUCCAGGAACCAGGGUUACAGUGCUUUCGAUGGUGCCACUAAUUACGGCCACACUCCCACACAUCACUCCUCCCAGUUCCUCAACCACUCCUUUAAAGAUGAAAACUCCCUCGCUCAGCAGACCAGUAUGGCAGUGAUAAUUUAUACCAAAUGGCAUCUCAGCUGGAAUGCAUGGCAUGGAACCCUGUUAGCACGCUGGCUUCCACCAUUAAGAGCCAUGCUACGGGUUAUGAAAGUGACCCCAACACUCCCAUGGUGUAUAGCUGCAGCACCCAGUACCGCAUCCACACCCACGGCAUCUUCAGAGGCAUGCAGGAUGUCCGACGGGUGCCAGGUAUCGCCCCUGCCAUUGUUCGCUCAGAGGCCAGUGAGAAGAGGCCGUUCAUGUGCACAUAUCCUGGCUGCAACAAACGAUACUUCAAGCUGUCCCACCUGCAAAUGCACGGCAGGAAACACACAGGUGAGAAGCCCUACCAGUGUGACUUCACCGACUGUGGACGAAGGUUCUCCAGGUCAGACCAGCUCAAGAGACACCAGCGAAGACACACAGGGGUUAAACCGUUCCAGUGUGAGACGUGUCAGAGAAAGUUCUCGCGGUCUGACCACCUUAAGACCCACACCCGGACUCAUACAGGCGAGAAGCCAUUCAACUGCAGAUGGCCCAACUGUCAGAAGAAGUUUGCCAGGUCUGAUGAGCUGGUUCGUCACCACAACAUGCACCAGAGGAACCUGACCAAGCUGCAACUUGCCAUCUGAGCCAGAUCUGAACCAGACCACUCUGCUCUGCAUACACACUGGCCUCACUGCUCUCAAACACUCUGCCUACAUGGGACUCUGAAUCUCCAUCUCGUUCACCGAUGCCUGUAGCACAAAGGGGAAACAGCAGCAGAGCAGGUCUAUCCACUAGAUAGCACAGCCACAAAGUGACACAUGACUGUGUUGUAAAGAUUCAUAAAAACAACAAUGAGCUUUUUAGUCUUAAUUUAAGGUAAGGGUUAGGUAUAAGGUUUUAAAGAAGAGAAAUUGUAGGAAUAGGCGGGGUUUAUUACUUUGUGGCUGUGGUAACAGAGCAGGAGGCUGACAGUCUUGUUCAUCUGCAUGUAGCUGUACAACCUCACCUACGCACAGUCCUCCAAACAGCGCCAUCUAAGGACGGUCCUCUGUCCAGAUGCUCUGAUCCAGAGGGUUAUUUUAGUAAGACAUUUAAAGAGGAAAAAAAAGAGUUUCUAUCUCUUGUUGGUGUUGUAUACAGUAGAUGUUAAUGACUUUAUGCCUUUUUUUCAUUUGUAGUGUUACUUUGAGCAGUUUCAGAUUAAUUUAUUAUUUUAUCAUACUUUUGUGAAUUAAAAUAUCUUUCACUGGAAUGAUUUCUGGAAAGGGGGACAUUUUUUACUUUUGUCCAACAGCAUGUUCAUCAUCGCUUUCGUUCAGUCCACAAAUUUGAUCUGCACCAGGUAGUUGAAUCAUAAAGCUACAGUAAGCCCGCUUCGGUCUGUGAUGUUGUCUGUAAAUAUUGUUUCACUUUGACUGUGGAUUUUGGGGAUGUGAGUUAAAAAUAUAUAUGUAUCGUCACACUGGCUAUGUGGCCAAGAAGUUGUGGUAUUAAAUAAUAGUACUGGACAAUGGAUUGCAUUUGAAAAAAAUAUCCUUGCCAUGGAAACAUGUGACUUAACUAUUAUACUUUAGACUAGACCUACUUUGAUAGAUCCAGGAAAUUCUUUUUUAAGUGUCAUAAAACACUUAUCUGUCAUGGAAACAUUUUUUUUUACUCUGAAGUGUAUUAUCAGUAUAUUAUGGUCUGUUCCCCUCUAUUUAAACUGUAUUUUCCCCCACUAUUUUUAUACAGUAUAUAUAUAUAUGCUGAUUCUGUUGUUGUUGUAAUUGUUCCCCGUUGAGUUCUGUAUUAAAGUCCUCCAGCAGUGUGUGGCCUGCCUGGGCAGCUGUGUUGGCUCAGGGGGCCAGUGUUGAGUUACUUUUGCCCUCACUAACAGGGCUGAUCAACCGCGCUCCUGAGACCCAAUGACCAGACCAUAGCCUGACCUUAACCUGACCAGGUCGUGACCGCUCGUAGGUCAUCUUACACGAGUCGCCAGAGGAGGCUCAUGCUGGCCAGAAUAAAAGUAGUUAUGAUAACAAAACAGAACUCUUUGACUGUAGCUAACAUCCGCUGCUUUCUUUAUCUCGAAGCAGAUUAUUUUAAAAUUCCUUGGCUUCUGAGUGAAACAGGAGACACAGAUAAACAUAAACAUGUUUUCUCUCAAACUCACUGUUGCUCAGCACUCCAUCUUAAUCAAGCUAGCUAUGCACUCUCCAUGCACUUAGAAAAACGACACACUUUUAUAUUGUUUCUCAAUCAAGACAAAAAUAUCCUCUUUCCGUUGUGAGUUUUUUUUAAUCAUUUGACGUCCACAUUAAUGCACUGUCACUUUGAAAACAACAGACAGAAAGCUUGGUAUAAUGUCAAAAUGUACUACAGCUAGCUAUAAAACAUCAAGCCUUCCUCUCUCCGAGUGGCUGACUGUAUGGUGAUGCUGUUUUAUCACAUUGGGGGAAUAUUGUUGUUGAGAUCCUCUUCUUUCUUUAACUAUUUGCUUGGCCCCAGUGUUGUGUAAAUCAGCUUGACUCUCUCACACUAUUACUCAUAUAAAAAACGCUAUAUCUCAA